AUGAAGUUACCUUCUCUGCGACUAUCUAAGUCCGGCUCAAUUACACCAACACUAUCUCCCACGGGACACAGACGUAACGAUGAAGGCCCUGAGCCCACGCUAGUAGGACGGAUGACUGUGGUCACAGCUAAUCGUAAGGACAGGCCGGAGGAUGUUGUGCCUACUCAGUUAGAGACGGAUCAGGCCGAGGGCGAUCACAUGUCCAUCUCGAAUAUCCAGGCGUGCUCAUACACCACACAAUCCUCGAACUGUAUUGUGACGGUAGCAGGUGCCUAUAGAGCACCACUUUCAGAUGAGGAGGAGGUUGGCAAACUGUGCGACUAUCUGGCCAGGGUAAGCAACCAUGCGGAGCGGUUGGUCAUCAUGCGUGACUUCAACUCUCCAGAGAAAACUAGUGGACUUGAUGACAGUGCUACCCCUGGUGCUGCACGACAAUCAACCCACUAG